CAGCCAGUUCAGCAUUCAGAUCAUUGUCAGUUCAGCUAUAAAGAACAGACCAAUGUCAACGAAUAUGAUUGAAACGAUUAUUGAGACGAAAAAGGACGCAGAAGGCAAGAACAAAACUAAAAUUUAUUGCACAUUCUGUCCUUCAAAAAUGCUUAAUGCUGGGACUGCCAGGUUAAUAAAUAUGGAGUUUGCGUUACCUUAUAUUCAUAGCAAAGGAGAAGGUAAAGGCAAUCAGUCAGAAGUUAUUUUGAACUACUGGUUAGUAGAAGAUAUGUAUACCUUCGAAAAUAUUGGUGUGUCACACACAGUAGAUAAUAUCAAGUACCUAGCUUGCGCUGAUUGUGAAAGGGGUCCAGUAGGAUGGCACGAUUUGUCUACCAAAAAAUCAUAUAUUGCACUGUGUAGAGUCAAACACGAAUAGAGAUAUGUGUAUGCUUAUUAAUAAAAUAAUUUUAUAAUUUUAUAUAUGUAAUAUGUAUAAUUUUGUAUACAAGCACAAGUGUACAGAAAUAAUUAUGUGGAUAUAAAAUAAUAGUUAUGUAU